UCCGAGAAUGUACAACGUCUCCUUUACAGAGGAGGAAAGUGAGACCCAGAAAACAGGAGGGAAAUAUGCCUACUCCAUCCAAUCUGACACAGACACUGGAAUAUGUCUUCAAAAGGAUUUUUGUUACUUAUAUGGACAAUUGGCGCAGGAACACAACAGCUGAGCAAGAGGUCCUGCAAGCCAAAGUCGAUGCUGAGAACUUCUACUACGUCAUCUUGUACCUUAUGGUUAUGAUUGGAAUGUUCUCUUUCAUCAUUGUAGCCAUCCUGGUGAGCACAGUGAAAUCCAAGAGACAGGAACACUCCAAUGACCCGUACCACCAGUACAUUGUGGAGGAUUGGCAAGAGAAGUACAAGAGUCAAAUUUUGAACCUAGGAGAAUCAAGGGCCACCAUCCACGAGAACAUGGGUGCAGCAGGGCUCAAAAUGUCUCCUUGAUUAGCGAGAGAGGCAUACAGCCAUCGUCUGAUAUGCAAAUAUGAAGAGACACCAGUGUCAUGGAGCCAAUCCAAGUUGCCACGCUUAGAAGACAUGAAGUUCCUUGCUCUCUGUUGAGAAUUUUCAUGGACAUCAGGUGGCUGGUCAACUAAGACAGGGGACAUUUCAAUCUCAGUGAUUUAUGCUUGCUCACUGGAGCAGUAAUUUAUGCUGAAGACCUAUUUUCCUUUCCGUGUAAUGUCAAUGUCAUUUUGAUCAAUGUCAAUAGUGAAAAUAAAGCCAAAUUUGAAGUAA